AUCAUUACACUCUAGUCGAAUCAGUACUCCACAGACCAGUUAUUAUGAAUCAGACAAUAUUAGUGUCAACAUGGAGGAUAAGCACUCCUCUCAGACGCACACACAAGAUCAUGGGUUACUGGAGUUGAAGCGUUUGGGUCAGCCAGGUACGCCAGGUGGGCAGGAUUUGGAGGAAGCGCUCCGGUCUCUCUCGGAGCGGCAGGAGAGCCACACGUCAGAGCGGCCGUUCUUCGAAGUGGAGAGAGAAAGGAAACUGAGUGCCCUACACAGUGGAAGCAGUGGCAGUGGCGGCAGCUCCAGCGGCUUCCUGACGCCUAGUGGCAGCAUCGCAUCCACAGGAACCAACUACUCCGGCACCUCCACACAUUCCUCCAGCACAGGCUCCUCCCGCUCAUAUCUGCCUGAACGGCUGCAGAUAGUCAAGCCGCUGGAGGGCUCAGUGACUCUGCACCAAUGGCAGCAGCUGGCCAAGCCCAAUCUAGGGGGCAUCCUGCACCCUCGGCCAGGUGUCCUCACCAAAGACUUCAGAGAGCUGGACGUGGACUUCCAACACGUCUACAGCCUCAACGACCUCGAGGAGGAUGAGCCUGAUCUCUCCAAAUUCCCAAAUCUCCUGCAGGGCACUGUGGUCCCUUCAUCCAGACUUAACCCCCCCCAGACCUCACCCACACCUCCGUCCACUAGCUGUCAGAUCCUCCAUCCCUCCAUCCUCCUCUCCUCCUUCUCCACCAGCCUUCAGCCCCAGAAUGCAUCCGCGUGUGGGAGCCGUGAGCACGUGAGGACAUCAUCAGGCCUCCAGUUCAUCUCUGGGUCCACAUCCCACCUCCACCGGACCUCCUCCCUCAGUCUGCUACAGCUAGUAUCAGAGCACGGCAUCUCGGCUGCAGUUCAUCCCAACUCCCCUCUCAUUCACAGAGCCACCGCAUGUUCAGAGGAAAGGAAACAAGAAAAAAGAGAAAAGCCACUGCAGGGAAACAUUUUCAGCAGCAGUCUUGUUGAAAAACUCAGAACCCUGGGCCUGUACGAAGUGGUCGCCAGAGGCUUUGUGGACUUUUGGUUGAAAAGAAAAACCAGCCCCCCAUGAAACACAAAAAGACGUUCACCCUUAAAGGUGCUAUUUUGUGCAUUGUGGCAUGCAGCUAAACUUUUCCCAUUUGUAAUGGGACAUUCAGAAAGCCAGAUCAAGUUUUUAUUCCUGUAGUGACUUCUGAUUGGCACUAGGAAUUUUGCGUAUGGACUGCACCUCAAAAGAUUUCAUUGUGAAGUCAAACACAUCCGUGUUUAUAUCAUUGUUGUUGUAGGGUGGUUGAAACAUUCUUCAGAAGGGAAUGGCUCUACAUAUGUUGACUUUUUAACGUGUCUUCUUUUGUUGAGACUUUUGGCUGUCACUAUCAGUCUUGAAAUCACGGUUUAUUGUUAUGAGAUUGUAGCAGCACUACAGAAAAUUUCAGCAUGUGGCCUCAAUUUUUGCUUGCUGCCAACCAAGCAUUGGUAUCAGUACUGCGUUUUGCUUCCUGACAAAAGCAUUUAUAAUAGCACUUUUCAGGGCAUUCAAAUCCCUUUUCUUAGGGAAUGCAGAGUACAUUAUCUGAGGAUAUGUACUGUACCUGCAGUCUAAACACUGUAAAAAUGAGAAGCUGUAUUUAUGAUGGCUGUUAGUGGUCAAUUUAUGGAACAUUAUACAGUCUUGUUGAGUGAAUUGCAGUGAUCUUGUGCUUUAUUUUCACUGUGCUUUAAUGCAAGAACACCUCAUGUGAUGGUACACCAUGCACACACGUAUGUCAUGAAAAUUGAAUGCCACAGACACGUUUUCACUGUAAUGUUUAUGAUUGUGUUUUUGCAAGAAUCAGGGAUGCAGUAAUAAAGUUAAGUGCUCUAGAGCUGUAAAUAGUAAAUACACAAUCGGGUAACUGUAACACUGAGGAAAUAUUGAUUGAACACGGCUUUGUUUUCUCCUCUCCAUUAACAUCUUCCAUUGUGUCUACUUCUGUCUGUCAAGCAAGUAAACAGAAAUCUUGUCAUCUGUAUAUGGAAAAAGCCUUGUAUGCAUUUGAAAUUUUCAAGGGGGCAUGAUAAUGUGUAGCCUAGAGUAUUUACUGAUCUAAAGUCACAGACAAAAUGGUUAUUUAAAAAGUAAUAUAUUUAAAUAAAAAUGUCUACCUGAAAUACCACUCUGUGUAAAACACAAUGCCUGGUCGCCAUUUUUGUAGAAUAUGUAAAAAAAUAACAAUUGUGUUCAUUUACACAAAGAUGAGAGGCUAAGGUAUUUUUACAUUAGAAAAAUGUUUAGACACUUAGCUUCACAUAAAAGCCCAUGAGUUCACAAGUAGCCACUGAUAUUGUGCAAUGCAAUAAAGAUUUCAGUGUAUUUUUGA